AUGAAUAGAGCUUUAAUCUUAACUUUUGUAUUGUUUUUUGCACUUUUUGCAAUUUCAAGUGCAGUAAAUGUUGAAAAUGAUUUUUCAAGUCCAGUAUCUCAGUUUUGUGCAACAUUAAGUGAACUUAAAUGUUGGAUAAAUAAUAUUUGUUUUUGGAGUACAGCAGACAAGAAAUGCAAACCAUUACAUUAA